AUGGAAUCUGGAAGAAGGGGAUGGAAUCUGGGAGAAGGGGAUGGAAUCUGGGAGAAGGGGAUGGAAUCUGGGAGAAGGGGAUGGAAUUUGGGAGAUGGGGAUGGAAUCUGGGAGAAGGGGAUGGAAUCUAGGAGAAGGGGAUGGAAUCAGGGAGAAGGGGAUGGAAUCUGGGAGAAGGGGAUGGAAUUUAGGAGAAGGGGAUGGAAUCUGGGAGAAGGGGAUGGAAUCAAAGAGAAGGGGAUGGAAUUUGGGAGAAUGGGAUGGAUUUGGGAGAAGGAGAUGGAAUCUGGGAGAAGGGAAUGGAAUCUGGGAGAAGGGGAUGGAAUCUGGGAGAAGGGGAUGGAAUCUGGGAGAAGGGGAUGGAAUCUGGGAGAAGGGGAUGGAAUCUGGGAGAAGGGGAUGGAAUCUGGGAGAAGGGGAUGGAAUCUGGUAGAAGGGGAUGGAAUCUGGGAGAAGGGGAUGGAAUCUGGGAGAAGGGGAUGGAAUCUGGGAGUAGGGGAUGGAAUUUGGGACAAGGGGAUGGAAUUUGGGAGAAGGGGAGAAAGGAUGGAAUGUGAGAGAAGGGGAUGGAAUCUGGGAGAAGGGGAUGGAAUCUGGGAGAAGGGGAUGGAAUCUGGGAGAAGGGGAUGGAAUCUGGGAGAAGGGGAUGGAAUCUGGGAGAAGGGGAUGGAAUCUGGGACAAGGGGAUGGAACUUGGGACAAGGGGAUGGAAUCUGGGAGAAGGGUAUGGAAUCAGGGAGAAGGGAUGGAAUGAGGGAGAAGGGGAGGGAAUCUGGGAGAAGGGGAUGGAAUCUGGGAGAAGGGGAUGGAAUAUGGGAGAAGGGGAUGGAAUUUGGGAGAAGGGGAUGGAAUCUGGGAGAAGGGGAUGGAAUUUGGGAGAAGGAGAUGGAAUCUGGGAGAAGGGAAUGGAAUCUGGGAGAAGGGGAUGGAAUCUGGGAGAAGGGGAUGGAAUCUAGGAGAAGGGGAUGGAAUCUGGGAGAAGGGGAUGGAAUCUGGGAGAAGGGGAUGGAAUCUGGGAGAAGGGGAUGGAAUCUGGGAGAAGGGGAUGGAAUCUGGGAGAAGGGGAUGGAAUCAGGGAGAAGGGGAUGGAAUCUGGGAGAAGGGGAUGGAAUCUGGGAGAAGGGGAUGGAAUCUGGGAGAAGGGGAUGGAAUCAGGGAGAAGGGGAUGGAAUCUAG